AUGGAUAAACUUCCCUUCUCUCUCUACGGCCAGAUUUGUGGCCAUCUCGAUGAUUUGGAAGAUGUGAUCGCGUUGGAGGUGAGCAUCGGAUUCAUUAGUCAUCAUUUACUUUAGCAGAUUAUUGUAACUUAAUUCUAUUACCGUAUCCUUUAGUCGACCUGCAAAAGGAUCCGAAAUCAAGUCCGGGCUUGUUUCUGGGGCCAGCCCAAGAAGCUCCGACUGACGGAUGGGAAUUUCGUGCAGGUCUUCUUGGAGAACGGAAAGAUGUACAAGGCCAAACCAAGGCUGAGUGUGAUGAAAUCCGUUUGUUCGAAAGCUAGAAAUCUCAGCGAAUUUGACCUGGCUUCAUACACUGAGCUGCCAGAGUCAUUUUUCUACGGAUUUGUCAGAUUUCUGAGAAAAAACAGUGAGUUUAACGAUAAUACAGUAAUCCAGCCUCAUUCAAAUUUGUAAUCAGCUAUUUUUAGGAACCCAAAUAACUUCUUUGUGUGUCAAUUACAUAAACCCCGAGGCAAUGUACGCUUCCUCCGAGUCACGCAAAGACUUAAAGGCCUAUCCCAGCAAGCCUGUCCAUGAGGUAAGCGUAACAUCGCAAAAUUAAAAUUCUUUUUGCAGCAAUUAACAAGACUGAUCAACCGACAAGGCUCCAAUCUUACCCAUCUCUUCAUCAGGAUCAACGCCAUUGAUUUUGUUUCUCUGCAACGCGAUGUCUCCGAACUUUUUGUUGAAUUUGCUUGUAAAUGCUCCCAGGAGAUCCGCCAAGUCUUAUAUCCAUUGCUGAGUGGAUUCAACAAGAAUCUGAAGGGAUUUAAACCCCGAAUUAUGCAUCUGGGGAUCAGGAGUCAAGGCCAGUGUGUUCUUCCUGCCUUUGAUUUCUGCACUCACGUCACCAUUCCUCAAGAAUCCCGGGGAUGUCUCGAAGAAAUCCAUUACAGAAUCCCGAAUGCGGAGACUGUGGCCGUUCUCAAUUACGAUGCCUUUAUGCCGUCUUUGAUGGAGAAAUUGAACAAAGUCUCGCUUUUCAUAGACGAUCUUAAUGUAAGUUUUUUUUAUCUAACGCGUACUAAAGAAAACAAGAGAUUAUUGAGAAAUUGUUUGCCAUGGGGUGGUCUAAGCUAAUGUCAGCUGAUUACAGGUCAAUUCUGCUGAGCUUUGCGAUAUUGGGAACCGAAUCCAGCCGAACCGAUUCAUGGUGGAAUUGACUUCUCCCACGGCCACUUUCAGUCUUCCCGCCAUGGGAAAAGUUCAUUGA